GUGGCCUCGGAGAGAGAGGAGAUCUUAAGACUUCAGCUGGACGGCUUUAAAGAAGACCAAACGGACUACUGUGGAAAUAUUAAUCAGCUGAAGGUAGAGAUUCCCCGGUGAGGAGGUCUUUCUUCGCGAUGCGAAGAUGGCAAACCUGGUCCCUCCCACAGGCAGAGAAGCGUUCCGCCGCUUCACCCCGGAGUCACUGGCCAAAAUCGAGAGGCUCAUCCAGGAGCAAAAAGAGCAUGAAGUAGAGGGAGUGGAGCCGGAGCCGACAGCACCGAGCAGCGACCUGGAGGCCGGGAAGACCCUUCCCAUGAUCUAUGGAGAUCCCCCCGAUGAGCUGCUCAACACACCUCUGGAGGACAUAGACCCCUUCUACAGCGCACAGAAAACAUUUAUUGUAAUUAGCAAAGGAAACACAAUCUUCAGGUUCAACGCAGAACCGGCCUGCUACAUUCUCAGCCCCUUUAACCUCGUCAGAAGAGGAGCCAUUAAAAUUCUCAUACAUUCGUUAUUUAGCAUGUUCAUCAUGAUUACCAUUCUGUCCAACUGUGUGUUCAUGACCAUGAGCAAUCCUCCUGCCUGGAGCAAAACCGUAGAAUAUGUUUUCACUGGCAUAUAUACCUUUGAAGCGACAGUAAAAGUAUUGUCGAGAGGUUUCUGUAUUGGAAGCUUUACAUUCCUUCGUGAUCCGUGGAAUUGGCUGGAUUUCAUGGUGAUCAGCAUGGCGUACAUCACAGAGUUUGUUGACCUUGGCAAUGUGUCAGCGCUCAGGACGUUCCGUGUGCUUAGAGCUCUUAAAACCAUUACUGUAAUUCCUGGUCUAAAAACUAUUGUUGGAGCUUUGAUCCAGUCAGUGAAGAAAAUGGUAGACGUGAUGAUUCUGACGGUCUUCGCUCUGGCCGUGUUCGCUCUCAUUGGUCUGCAGCUGUUUAUGGGGAACCUGCGGCACAAGUGCAUACGGUGGCCCAUCUCCAACAGCACCAUGGAGGAGUACACCUCCACCCCCGCCUACAACCACACCUUUACCAACAGCACUUUCGACUUUAAAGCCUACAUCAAUAAUGAAGAAAACCAGUAUUUUCUUGAGGGCAGCCUGGAUGCCUUGCUGUGUGGCAACAGUUCUGAUGCUGGAAAGUGCCCAGAAGGUUACACAUGUAUGAAAGCUGGGAGGAACCCAAACUACGGCUACACCAGCUACGAUUCCUUCGGCUGGGCCUUUCUCGCCCUCUUCAGGCUCAUGACUCAAGACUACUGGGAGAACCUGUUUCAGCUGACUUUGCGAGCUGCGGGGAAGACCUACAUGAUCUUUUUUGUGGUGGUGAUAUUCCUGGGAUCCUUCUACCUCAUCAACCUGAUCUUAGCUGUAGUUGCGAUGGCGUAUGAUGAGCAGAACGAGGCUACGCAGGCUGAGGCUCGCGAGAAGGAGGAGGAGUUUCAGAGACUGCUGGAGCAACUGAAGAACCAAGAGCAACAGCAGUUUGACAGUAAAGCAUCUUUGGCCAGUCUGGGGACUCAGAGUCGAGGGUCUGAAAGAGCAGAAGAUGGAAAUGAAGAUAUAAAAGACUGUAACGGACGGAUCAUCCCCAGUCUAGUCAUCAACAGAGCACCUACUAUAAAGCAGCCAGCAAGAGAAGAGGACAAGAUAGAUACUAAAUCUACAACUUCUAAACACAGCAUGAAUUACCUGGACCAGCCCGGGCUGUCCAAAAAAGCAGCCAGCCAGCUCAGCGUCCUCACCAACGCUAUGGAAGAGUUGGAGGAUGCUCAGAGGCCUUGCCCCCCAGGCUGGUACAGGUUUGCUGAUAUCUUUUUGAAGUGGGACUGCUGUGCACCCUGGAUAUGCUUCAAGAAGUGGGUUUACUUUGUGGUAAUGGAUCCUUUUGUGGACCUGGGCAUCACCAUUUGCAUUGUGCUUAAUACGCUGUUCAUGGCUAUGGAGCACUACCCCAUGAGUCCAGAAUUCGAGCAUGUGCUCUCUGUUGGCAACUUGGUGUUCACUGGCAUCUUUACGGCUGAAAUGGUGUUUAAGCUCAUUGCCAUGGACCCCUACUACUACUUCCAGGUGGGCUGGAACAUCUUUGACAGCAUCAUCGUCACUCUGAGUCUGGUGGAGUUGGGGCUGGCGAACGUUCAGGGUCUGUCUGUGCUCAGGUCCUUCCGUUUGCUGCGUGUCUUCAAGCUGGCAAAAUCCUGGCCCACGCUCAACAUGCUGAUCAAGAUCAUUGGCAACUCGGUGGGAGCUCUGGGGAACCUGACCCUGGUGCUGGCGAUCAUUGUCUUCAUCUUUGCUGUGGUGGGAAUGCAGCUCUUUGGCAAGAGCUACAAGGACUGCGUGUGUAAGAUCGCUCAGGACUGCGAGCUGCCCCGCUGGCACAUGAACGACUUCUUCCACUCCUUCCUCAUCGUCUUCCGCAUCCUGUGCGGGGAGUGGAUCGAGACCAUGUGGGACUGCAUGGAGGUGGCUGGAGCAGGCAUGUGCCUGGUGGUCUUCAUGAUGGUCAUGGUCAUAGGAAACCUUGUGGUGCUGAAUCUCUUCCUUGCCUUGCUGCUCAGCUCGUUUAGUGGAGAUAAUCUCUCAGCAGGUGACGACGAUGGUGAGAUGAACAAUCUCCAGAUCGCCAUCGGGCGCAUCACCAGGGGAAUAGACUGGGUCAAAGGCUUCAUCGUCGGCCUGAUUCGGCAGAUCCUGGGCAGGAAGCCUCCGAAUGAUGAUGAUGGAGGUGAUGAGGGAGAUAAGAACAAGGAGGCUCUUGAGUUGAACCACCUCGAUGGAGGGAAGUUGGCCGACGGCUUGAGCAACUGUCUGGAGUCUUCAACCCUGAACGUGCCCAUCGCUAAGGGAGAGACCGAUGUUGAAGAUGACGAGGAGACGGAUGAUUCUUCAGAUGAAGAAGGGGAAAAGAAUGAUAAUCUCAAUGAUGGAGAAUCGUCAGUGUGCAGCACUGCAGACUACUGCCCUCCAGAACCACCUCCUGAGAUAGAAGAGGAAGAAGAGCCGGAGCCUGAAGAACCAGAAGCCUGUUUUACUGCAAACUGUGUGAAGCGAUGUCCCUGUCUAACAGUGGACAUCACACAGGGAAAGGGGAAGAGCUGGUGGAACCUGCGCAGAACCUGCUUUACCAUUGUGGAGCAUGACUACUUCGAGACCUUCAUCAUCUUCAUGAUUCUUCUCAGUAGUGGAGCACUGGCCUUUGAGGACAUUUAUAUUGAGCGCAGAAGGGUGAUCAAGAUCAUUCUGGAGUAUGCAGACAAAGUCUUCACCUACAUUUUUAUUGUAGAGAUGCUGCUGAAGUGGACUGCUUAUGGCUUUAAGACCUACUUCACUAAUGCCUGGUGCUGGCUGGACUUUCUUAUUGUUGAUGUGUCACUUAUCAGUUUAACAGCCAAUCUUUUGGGCUAUUCUGAGCUGGGACCAAUCAAAUCUCUCAGAACUCUCAGGGCUCUUCGACCUCUACGUGCCUUGUCCAGAUUUGAAGGAAUGAGGGUGGUAGUGAACGCUUUAGUGGGCGCCAUUCCUUCCAUCAUGAACGUGCUGCUGGUGUGUCUGAUCUUCUGGCUCAUCUUCAGCAUCAUGGGGGUCAACCUCUUCGCUGGAAAGUUCUACCGCUGCAUUAACACCACCACAGAAGAACUUUUCCCAAUGGAUCUCGUCAACAACAAAAGCGACUGCAUGGCGUUAAUGUACACCAACGAGGCGCGGUGGGUCAACGUCAAGGUCAACUACGACAAUGUGGGGCUGGGCUACCUCUCGCUGCUGCAAGUGGCUACAUUUAAAGGCUGGAUGGACAUCAUGUAUGCUGCUGUGGAUUCCAGAGAGGCUGAGGAGCAGCCGUCAUACGAGAUUAACAUCUACAUGUACCUGUACUUUGUGAUCUUCAUCAUAUUUGGCUCCUUCUUCACCCUCAACCUCUUCAUUGGUGUCAUCAUUGACAACUUUAAUCAGCAAAAGCAAAAGUUUGGAGGAGAAGAUCUCUUCAUGACAGAGGAGCAGAAAAAGUACUACGAUGCCAUGAAAAAGCUAGGUUCAAAGAAGCCAGUAAAACCCAUACCUCGGCCUUCGAACUGUAUCCAGGGUGUGGUGUUUGACUUCAUCAGCCAGCAGUUCUUUGAUAUCUUCAUUAUGGUGCUUAUUUGCCUGAACAUGGUCACCAUGAUGGUGGAAACCGAUGACCAGAGUCCGGAGAAGGUGGAAGUCCUUUACCAGAUUAAUCUGGUCUUCAUAGUCAUCUUCACUUCGGAGUGUGUGCUCAAGAUGUUUGCGCUCAGACAUUACUUCUUCACGAUUGGAUGGAAUGUCUUUGAUUUUAUCGUAGUCAUCCUUUCUGUAGCUGGUCUAAUGCUGUCAGACAUCAUUGAGAAGUACUUUGUGUCCCCCACGCUGUUCCGUGUCAUCCGCUUGGCUAGGAUCGGUCGAGUGCUGCGUCUCAUCAAAGGGGCGAAGGGCAUUAGAACGCUUUUAUUUGCCCUGAUGAUGUCACUUCCUGCCCUUUUCAAUAUCGGCCUUCUUCUGUUCCUCAUCAUGUUCAUCUUCUCCAUUUUCGGCAUGUCUAAUUUUGCCUACGUGAAAAAGCAGGCUGGCAUUGAUGACAUCUUUAACUUUGAGACAUUUGGGAAUAGCAUCAUCUGCCUGUUUGAGAUCACCACUUCUGCUGGUUGGGAUGGGCUCCUACUCCCUAUGCUCAACAGUGCUCCUCCUGACUGUGACCCUACUGUUGAAAACCCUGGGUCUGAUGUGAAGGGGAAUUGUGGGAACCCAGGCAUGGGUAUCAUGUUCUUCUGCAGUUACCUCAUCAUGUCCUUCUUAGUGGUGGUGAACAUGUACAUCGCCAUCAUCCUUGAGAACUUCAAUGUGGCCCAGGAGGAGAGCGGAGACCCGCUGUGCGAGGAAGACUUCGAGAUGUUUGACGAGACGUGGGAGAAGUUCGACGUUGAAGGCACCCAGUUCUUGGAGUACGACCGUGUGUUUGACUUCGUCAACACACUGCAGGAACCUCUACGUAUUCCCAAACCCAACAGACUCAGACUAAUCCAAAUGGAUUUGCCUGUUGUAACUGGAGACAAAAUCCACUGUCUGGACAUCCUGCUAGCAGUCACACAAGAGGUCCUGGGUGACACCACGGAGAUGGCAGCCAUGAGGGAGAGCAUCGAAGCCAAGUUUAAGAUGAGCAACCCUACUUCUGCUUCCUUCGAGCCCAUCACUACCACUCUCAGGAGGAAGGAGGAGGAGCGGGCAGCCGUCCUGAUCCAGAGAGCCUACAGAAAACAUCUUCUCAAACGGUCUAUCCGCCACGCCAGCUUCAUCCGCCGCUCAAGAAAGAAGAAGGUAAGGCGCCAAGAGGACGAGGAACCACCAGAAAAGGAGGGUUUAAUAGCACGCAAGAUGAACUCUCUUUAUGGCAGUAACCCAGAUCUGGCCAUGGCUAUGGAGCUUAAGGCCAGGCCCAUGCAGUCUAAUCCCACCUCGUCUCAGCCUCCAGUGCACAGGACCUAUCGGCGGCCUCAAGGCCGAAUGAUGGUAAUCCCGGUAGAGGUCACAAACGAGGUAAUUCUGCGUUCUGCACCCACGGCUUCGUGGGACUUCUCAGAGGUCAGCUCAGAGGCGUCAUCACUGAGGGAAUCAGUAGUAUAGUGGACAGACAAUGCUGUUUUGUUAUUUGGCUCUUGUGUUAAAAUGGAUGGAGUAUCACUUGCACAAACAUAACAACCCUGAUGCUCCAGGAAGCACCGUGAUGGUGGACUGAUGGGAUUGCACAUUGAUGCUAAGGAGCAAUGCAAUAGAUCUUGUUGGUGAAUCACCCUUUUCAACUUUAUUCUUUGGAGCAGAUUGAUCUCUUUUUUGAUACAAUCUUUGCUCAGUAUUUAUACAAAUAUGCUUUGGCAGUGUUUAAAAUUCUCCAGAUGGCCACUUUCCACAUCCCCUUUGCAAGAUAUACAGUAUUUUUUUAGUGUUCAUCAUCACCUAAAAGCUGUUGAACAGGAUUGACUUUCGUUUUUUUACCCAAAUUCCCCAAACGAAGUAUACAGUUUAACUGUACAGCUACUCUAGCUAAUAACUAGUCUCUACAAUUCAUAUUGAGGCCUCACUUUCCUUUGCACUAUUUAUAAAUCCCCAGUUUGUGGCCUACCAGGUUACAGCAGGGCGAUGGAAUGAGUCGAGCAGACACUGAUCAAUUUCAUGGGAGGUGUAGAGUCACAUUGGGCAGUAUGUGCAACUACGUAAGGCAUACAUAAACAGUAUGCUACACUGACCUAUAGGUUUUAAUACGAGCGGUAUGGCCUUACAUUAGUGCUGUUUCAGGGCUUUCACAGGUGGAUUGUACUUCUAGUCAAUUGUGUCAUUUCAUUGCAUGUAGUCAUACUUUUUAUGUAUGCUUCAUGAAGUUGCACUUUAUGUGCACUGUGACCAAAUGUAUGUCAAAUGUCCAGAUUAUACAUGUAUUAAAUAUAGCAAACAGAAGUUUGUAACAACUAAGAGAAUUCAUGCAUUUCUUUUUGUAAAUUGUCAAGCAUGCUUGUUAGACUCUUGCCUUUUUCCAAAAGUUAAAAAGUUAAUUCAGUGCCUUGCAGAAGUACUCAGCCUCUUCUUAAGUCAUUAGAUUUGUCUGGACAACAGAUGACACACAUUAUAUUAUAUUGUUUAGCCAUUAAAAUACUGGUGCAAUAUACAGCUCUGAAAAAAAAUUAGGAGACCACUUCAGUUUCUGAGCAAUUUUCUCUGAUUUUGCCCUGGUUUUAAUCACAGUUUUCAUGCAUCUUGGCAUGUUCUUCUCCACCAGUCUUACACACUACUUUAUUAACUUUAUGCCUUUUCUCCUGGUGCAAAAAUUCAAGCAGUUUGUACAUUGCACUGAGGACCCGUAUCAGGCAAACACCUGUUCUCUGAUUGGAUAGAUAAAUCUCGUUGGACGGAUUUAUUUGCAUAAAGAUCACCUUGGCUCAACUUUUCAUCCCAUUGUAUCCCCGGGACUUGAUGCUCCGGACCCAUGAUGCACCGCACGACUGCGUCUGAUGGAGCCGAUGCUUCCCAUUGAAAAUGAAUAGGAUAUGUGGCUGUGUCAGAGUUUGUUAAUAUCGUUAUACUGUAUCACUCCUUCAAAGUGAUUGUUGGCUUCUUUAUGGGUUCUAUUACAAGUGUUAUCUUUACAGUGGUGAUGUUUUGAGGGCGUGAUCCAUACAGUUAAUACAGUUGAUCCACUACCUUUAUCAAGCACUACAGCACUACGUAAACCUUAUGUUAACCAUGUCUGGAAGAAGUGCAGAGUUUUCUAGGCUCAGAUAUUUUUUGAUAUAACUGAUGCGAUGUUCUCCAGAUCAAAGAUUUUCAAUCAAUCUCCUGAAAUGAAAUUAUAUUCAUUACUCCAUAUAUUCAGGACCAUCCAAACUGUAAUAAGCACCAAGUCCAAAAGCCAAGGUUAAACAUGAUAUGGGGUUGUGUCUGUACACUUCUCUGUCAUGAAAUGUAAAAUUUACUGAUGAUCAGUGAUGGUUUAAUGGAGAGACAUGUCUGUCAUCUGCUGAUGUUGAUCCACUGUGUUUUAUUAUCAAGUCUAAAGUCAGUGCAGCGUUUGUAUGGUUUUUCAUGCAGAUGCAGAUUUCAUUUUCCACUUGGCACACUGCCCACACUGCCAAAAGUACCAAUUGGUCUUAUAUAAUAUUCACAUUUUCUGAAACACUGAUUUUUUGGUGGAUCACUCUGUGUGUAAUACAUCUAUGUAAUAUAUGAGUUUCCCAUUUUUAAAUAAAAUACUGAAAUGAAGUAACAUUUUUAAUGAUAUUCAAAUUUUUUAGAUGCACUAGUAUGAACAAAAAGCAUUUUUCAGCUAGUCAUGCGGUCAUGCUUUUCUUUGACGUAAAACCAAAAUUCCUUGAGUUCAUUUAAGUAUUUUGAAAUCCAAAUUCACUGAACAAAAAGUGUUUUUUUUUUCAUCUAAGAAGGUUGAGUACUUUUGCAAGGCAAUGUGUUUUAGAAUGGAAGUUGAUCAUAAACAUUUCCCCUACCCUCAAUAUUUGACCUAGAUUUCAUCAGGUUGUAUAGUAUCUUUAAUAAUUUAAUAAACAUCACUAAAAGAGGGUAUUUAUUGUAAGGUUCAUUUCAGGUUUUAACAUUUAAGUCACUUCUAUUGUUUAUGAAUUGAGACUGUGAUGUUUCUUUACUGAGUUUACAGUUUCUAAACUGUUUACAGUUUUCAUCUGUAGAGCAUUUUUAAUGUGAAAGCUAAUUUUUCAUACAGUAUUCAGGUCAUGCACAUCAAAUUUAGUCCGUGUUGUAAAGGAGUUGAUAGGUUGUGAGUGAAGUGAAGCUCUGUAGGCGUGGUUGAAAGGGUUAACUUAUUGACACAGUGUCACAGUCAGUUUUUAUGUUCCUUUUUUGUAUUGCAUUGGUUUGAGAAAGUUCUGUGAAAUCUUAAGUCUUAAAAUAACGGACGAUGUCUUACGCCUGAAAAUGUGUACAUGAAUAAAUUGAGCACUUUUGAGAGUUUUCUUUUCCUGUUGUAGGCUUUCUGUUGUUUUGUCCUCGCAAUAUUUUUUUGUGGGAUUCAAGUCGGGCUUUUAGACCCUGUUUACACCUGGUCACUUUAUGUCACUUGUAUCUGAAUUGUAUUCUGUUGAGAUUUUUAGUCAGACUGAAAUCUGAUUUUUGGGUUUUGGUUCUGAAAUGUGCUGUGGAGAGACGGAUGUAUUUAUAGUGCUAGAAAAUGCAGCUCAGAUGCGUCUCUGACCACCUGCCGAAGAGGUAAGUGAUCGGAUUUAUAUGUGUUUUAAAUGCGUUUACACUUGCAUUCUAAUGUGACUUGGCCUUAUCCACAUAAAAUAUAGCACCAAAGGUAAGAAAAUGUGUGUUUGGUAGAUUAUUUCUUGGUUGUACCAAUACUUCUUCGCAAUAAAAAUUAUUCUGUUGGAAAGUUUUUAAUUUCCCUUUUAAGUUGAGCUGAGUUUGUUGGUUGUAUAAAAGUUUUAAAAUAUUAAAAAUAUAUUCUAAUUUCCUUCCAUUUUUUCACCCCAGUUUAGCUUGGUAGAUUAUUUCACCCAUUUAGCUGAUACUCAGCUAUAAAUCGCCCCUCACUAAUGAUGCCACAACACAAGGAGGGUGAAGACUAGCACACGACAGACUCCGCCUCUUUUUGAACUGCCGAGUAGCAUCACAGCUCGCUCGGGGCUGUGUAGGGCAAAACGCAGCAACUCAGUUCUGAUACAUCAGCUCACAGACGCACUCAGAGAGAGCAAGACCUAUUGUGCUCUCUCAGGGCUCCGGCAGCUGAUGGCAAAUUGCGUGACCAGGAUACGAGCCAGCACCUCCCGGUCAUAGUGGCAGCGCUUUAGACCACCUUACCUAUUUUGUGGAACAUCAGCUUGAAGUUGGCCUAACACACGGGCUCUAUCCAGAUCAGUCAAACAUGGCAUGAAGAUGAUGAUUCUUGAAACAGAACCUACUGACCACUGUAGCAGAACCCAUGAUCACAGGUGCUGAUAAUCAGCACCUGGGGGAACACGAAGCUUAAAACGGAAAAGAAUAAGCUGUUAGGUGUUGGCAGAGAUGAUUUGGCACAUUUUUCAUGGACACAACCCAGAUACUCAGCUCUGCUGCUCAUCUUCUAAAAGAAAAAUUAACUGGCUUUCCAAUGGUAUAAGAUUUAUUGCCACUGAAGCUUUAUAACGACAAAAAAUUUAAUCUAUCAAACACACACAUUUCCUUACUUUUUGUGCUAUGUUUAAGAAGAUCCUGAUACUCGAGAUGAAUUAAGUGACUAGGUGUAAAAAGGGUUUUCAUUUUUUUUGUCUAUACGGUACUUUUACAGCAUGUAGCUUUUGAUUAUUUGUUACUGCUUCAGAUUUAUAUGUUUCUAUUUGUUUAUGCUUUAAUGAAUGAUGAUUAAGAGGCUGUUUACACUUUGCGUUGGCGUGCGUUUACUGUAUCUUGACCAGAUCACGUUCAGAUUCUCACUGGCCCUCAUUAAAAGCCAUUAAUAAUCGCAUCAAGGUCGCAUUGUGAUUGAAUUAAUUGGAUUACCAUCCUUAGUUACCAUUAGUGAAAAGUAUGAACACUAUUAUACUGCCAGAUAGUAUUCACAUCUGGAUGUGAUGCGCACUUUAACACAAGGUGUGAACAUGCUCGGAGAGAUUGCAGUGCUUUAGGCUGAUUGUGAUUGUACUGCCUGUAUAUACAGUAUGCUUAUUUUAGAGGCAUUUAGAAGAUUUUUUUUAUUAUUAUCAUCACUGUUAUUAGAAUCCUUUCCUUGUUUAUAUCAAUUAUUAUUAUUUUAAUAAUAAAAUGUUGUUUGUUGAACACAAUG